UGGUGUCCCCCUUGAUCCCGUCGCGGGCCCCUCCAUCAGGAGCGGUGACAUUCUCGGGCGCGGCUCGUCUGUCCUCGGCUCCUGCGCUAGGAAUGCCCUAGCUCUGCCCGUGGGGACAGCGUCAGCCUGCGCCCGCGAUCCUGAGCCCAGAAGGGGCAGUUGGCAGCUUGGCUUCUCCGCGCCCGGAUCUGUCUGCUUUCUCGUCUCCGCCUCGCUCCUUUCAAGAUUGUCCGACUGCCCGCGGUGCUGCCCUCCAGAAGAGCCAGCCACCAUGUCCCCGGAGUCCAAAAAGCUUUUCAAUAUCAUUAUUUUAGGAGUUGCCUUUAUGUUCAUGUUCACCGCCUUCCAAACUUGCGGGAAUGUGGCGCAAACUGUCAUCAGAAGCUUAAACAGCACGGAUUUCCACGGCAGUGGAUACACCAGUAUGGCGAUCAUCUAUGGAGUGUUCUCUGCUUCAAAUUUGAUCACGCCCUCCGUGGUGGCCAUUGUAGGACCUCAGCUCUCCAUGUUUGCCAGCGGCUUGUUUUACAGCAUGUACAUUGCCGUUUUUAUCCAGCCUUUCCCGUGGUCCUUCUACACGGCCUCGGUCUUCAUUGGAAUCGCAGCUGCGGUACUUUGGACCGCACAAGGAAACUGCCUGACCAUCAAUUCCGAUGAGCACACUAUUGGGAGGAACAGUGGAAUCUUCUGGGCACUCCUACAGUCGAGCCUGUUCUUUGGAAACCUCUACAUAUAUUUUGCGUGGCAAGGAAAAACACAGAUAUCAGAGAGUGACCGGAGAACAGUGUUUAUUGCCUUGACAGUGAUUAGCCUUGUGGGGACCGUUCUUUUCUUUCUCAUCAGGAAGCCCGAUUCCGAAAACAUCCUGGGAGAAGAUGACUCUUCCGACGAGCAGGACCUACAAGUCAGCGAGUCUGCCCCGGACAAUGUGACAAAGGCGCUGGCUGCGUUCAAAAAGUCUCUUAAGCUGUGUGUCACCAAGGAGAUGCUCCUUCUUAGUGUUCCAACUGCCUAUACAGGUCUGGAAUUGACCUUCUUCUCCGGUGUGUAUGGAACCUGCAUUGGAGCCGUCAAUAAAUUUGGGACGGAAGAGAAAAGCCUUAUCGGACUUUCUGGAAUUUUCAUCGGCAUUGGAGAAAUUCUAGGGGGCGGCCUCUUCGGCCUGCUGAGCAAGAGCAGCCGCUUUGGGAGGAACCCCGUGGUGCUCCUGGGCCUCCUGGUGCACUUUGUGGCCUUCUACCUCAUCUUCCUCAACCUGCCCGGGGAUGCACCCAUCGCGCCCGCCCAGGGCACGGACAGCAGUGCUUACAUCCGUCCCAGCGAGGUCCUCCUUGUGAUGCGUGGGUGGUGGGGCUGGUGGCCCACUUGCUCGCUCACAGUGACCAGUAUCUCUGUCUGCCCGCAGUCUAUCUGUGCAGCCCUGGCCUUCUUCUACAGCAACUACCUACUCCUGCACUGGCAGCUCCUCAUCAUGGUCGUCUGUGGGUUUUUCGGAACCAUCUCCUUCUUCGCCGUGGAGCGGGCCGCUGCCGCCAUCGUUGCCCGGGGCUCCGACUACAGGAGCAUUUGACACGGUGCCGGUGCGGCUCCUUCCGAGACCCAAGCUGAUGGUGGCAACAACAUGCUGACAGGGAGAGGCCCCGCUCAGGGUCAGGUGGUGUCCAGGUGGACAUCAAAGAAGCAAGACGAUUGAGUGAGCCAGCGUCCGUGUGGAGGUUUACAGAUGCGGCCAGCGGGGAGAGCUGUCUGUCAGCUCCCCUGUCUCCAGUCCCCUUUGAUCAUGCCAUAGAGUGUCCGUGUUCCCCACCCUCUCGGUUAGUCACAGAGUCCUGCUGGGCAGGAAGUACAGAUGGGGUGCGUGCCCCCCCACUAAUUGUAGGGAGCGGCUGCCCGAGUCUGCUCUGCAGGGCAGAGAAAUAAAUGGCAGUGCUGAGCGGA